UCAGCUGUCAGGGGACCGUGAUAAAUCGCAAUGCAUUAUUGAUAAUAAUAAUUACGUUGACAUGCGCAUUUCUACUUUAGGGGUUAAUUUUCUGAGCCGAAGAAUCUGUUGAAGAAGGGGAGGAAAUUUGUCUGUAACUCUUUGCUCCUGAUGGUCGCACCAUGUCGCGGCGCAAGCAAGCCAAACCGCAGCACAUCAACUCCGACGAACCCGGAUCGAUGGAAAAUGGGAUUCAUCAAGGUGAUUCCGCUGAGGAGAUUGGAAAUGAAGUAAAGAGGUUCAGAAUGGAUGAAACCAGAGUGUGCACCAAGUGCUGUGCUGAAUUCUUCGACGAAGAAGAAUUUCUUGAACAUGAGAAAAAUUGCACAAAAAGUCAGCAAGUGGUCAUCAUGAAAGAUGGAGACGGCAGUGACGAGCCUGAGAAAUAUUCACAGGGUUCUUCUGAAGGCCUUGCCAGUGAUCACGAAGACGGCCACUCCAGCAAUCAUUCUCCAUCGCGUGCCAACACAGACCAGCUGGAAAGAUUGGAGGAGGAGUCCAGUGCAAAUGCAGAUGAUUCCAGACACCAGGAUCGGGGAGAGAUGUCUGCUAGUCCUGAGAUGACUUUCCAACCCUCCCCGAAAAGGCAAGAUUCAAAUGUUACUCUUGAAACCAUGGCUGACACUAAAGUGGCAGUUUCCCAAAUUCCUUCAAACACUUCUCAGACUUCACAGGAUGCCAUGCAGGCCAUUCCAGUAAUCCUGGAACAGCUAGUGUGCCUCCAGCAGCAACAGCUACAGCAAAUCCAGCUCACCGAACAGAUCAGAAUCCAAAUAGCCAUGAUGGUCCCACAGAGUCUCCAAUCAUCAGUAGAGUCAACAAUGGAUCCUCUGAGAGCCCUUGGUGCACAUCUCUCUCAGCAACUGUCUGCUGCAGCAGCACUGAUAGGAAAAAGAACCGGCAGUCAGAGCCUUUCCAUGGAGAAACUAAAGCAAGGUAAACUACCUCUACCCACUGGCAUGUCUCCUGCUCUGAAUGCAGGAAUGGGCUCGAUGACGUCAAACACAGACCUUUUAAAGGGUGCUCCAGAUCUAGCCGGACGUUUACCAGUACUCAUGCCACAGUCUUCAGGUGUUCUGGGUUUCCCUAGUGUGUUCAGUGGAGUCCAGGCAGGGAUCGAUGCCUCCAAAAAAGUGAAGCCAAAGAUGCUGAACAUCCCACCGGAAUCAAAGAGUGGGGACCCACUAUACAAGCACAAGUGCAAAUACUGUGGAAAGACUUUUGGCAAUGACAGUGCCCUCCAGAUUCAUUUGCGUUCUCACACCGGGGAGAGGCCUUUCAAGUGUAACAUCUGCGGAAACCGUUUCACAACCAAGGGAAACCUCAAAGUGCAUUUCCAGCGGCAUAAAGACAAAUAUCCUAACAUCAGCAUGAAUCCUCAUCCUGUACCCGAGCACCUUGACAAUAUUCCGACCAGCAGUGGGAUUCCCUUUGGUAUGUCCGUACCCAUGGAUGAGUCAAACAUAACCGAAAUGAAGCCUGUGCCAAGUCACCCAGCGGCUGUUUUCAGCCCAUCAUCCAUGCCAGGGUUCAAAACAUUUGAUGGCUUUGGGGGUGAUCCAUUUUCCCAGAGACCCUCGCCAUCAACAAGUAAUGGCUCCCCAAAUGUUUCGUCUGUGUAUGGCCAAGACGUGGGCCUGGAGCCAAACCAGAAAGAUGCUAAAGAGAUGCUUGGAGCAUUGCACCACAUGAAUGGUAAUUCUCUCUUAGGAGAGCAAAGCUCUGGAACAGCAAAACUUCAGCAGAUGGUGGAUGGACUGGAGAAGAAGACUGGUGAUCCCAAUGAGUGUGUGAUCUGCCAUAGGGUACUGAGUUGUCAGAGCUCACUCAAAAUGCAUUAUCGCACACACACUGGCGAAAGGCCGUACAAGUGCAAAAUCUGUGGCCGCGCAUUCACCACAAAGGGUAACCUCAAGGCUCAUUAUGGUGUGCACAGGGCUAGCACUCCUCUUAAAAUGCAACACUCAUGCCCAAUCUGCCAGAAAAAGUUCACAAAUGCAGUGGUUCUACAGCAGCACAUUCGCAUGCACAUGGGUGGGCAGAUCCCCAACACCCCCAUGCCAGAAAACCAGUUUGAACCAGCAGAAGCAAUUGUGCCUUCUCUCCCAGAAGAGAAGUCUACUGACACCAACGGAUUUGAAGCCAGCAUGGAAGAUCAAGAGCCAGAGCUUAACAAGACAGCAAAUGACUCCUCCAGUUCCCUGCCAUCUGCCGCUGAGGAGCAACCACAGAAGCUUGCAGCCCCUGUAAUGUCCAGCCUAGAUGUUUUGAAGAAUCUCUCAAAUGCUCUUGCACUGAAACGACAAAAUAGCACUACUUCAGAAAGUGAAGGAACAUCCAAAGAAUCCCCACCAGCUCAGAGAGAGCAGGAGUAUCAAAACGGCCAUAGUCCCUCCAUCACAGACUCGGCUGCGUCUUUUCGCUCCUCUUCUCCAGUUAACAACAUUAAUGGCAAAUCUCCUCAGCCUGCUCUUGAUGAAUUUCCCCAGAGCGGGUCAAAACCAGAGUCAGAUGACGCUAAAGAUGAGUCAAGUGGCGCACUUGACCUCACAGCUUCCAGCAGCUUCACCCCAAAAGCAAUUAAGGAAGAGCCUGGCAUGUCUUUUUCAAAUGGAGACUAUGUAGCUUCCAGUAACAUGCCUUUCAUGAGGAUACCACCAACGUUGGCCAGUCUAGAGAUGAAGGUUCCCCCAGAGAAUCCUCUGGGCCCUCACGGGUUGUUCAGCUCCCAUGUGCCUCAGGGAACAGCCAUGCCCUCCUCAGUCUCCCCUGCACCACGACGAUCAGCCAAACCACAUGUGUGCCAUGUCUGUGGCAAGAACUUCUCCUCUGCCAGUGCCCUGCAGAUCCAUGAGCGCACACAUACAGGAGAGAAGCCUUUCGCCUGCCACAUUUGUGGCAGGGCUUUCACAACAAAGGGAAAUCUAAAGGUUCAUAUUGGCACCCACAUGUGGAACAACUCAUCAAGGCGUGGCCAGCGUCUGUCUCUAGAUAAUCCCAUGGCGUUGAUUGCAAUGACCCCAGAUGCAAAGAUGAUGCCAGAAAUGAUGCAGGCCCCCAAAGAGCUGGUCGCUCCUCCGAUGAACUUUGACCCAUCUCUGUGGAACCAGUAUGCGACUGCUACCUUCAGUGGUGGCCUGACCAUGAAGACCAACGAAAUUUCUGUCAUCCAGGGAGGUGGCAUCCCACUCCCUGGGAGCCCUGCUGGUGGGCCCCUGAUUGGCUCCACUGGAGGCCUCAUGAAGAUUGAUGGAUCCCACUCAGGCUUGCCUGCCACCAUGGCUGAAAUUGAGAAAAAUGGCUCAGACAGUGUGCCAAAAUCACAGUUUCCACAUUUCAUGGAAGAGGGCAAAAUAGCAGUUAAUUAGUUUCCCUUGUCUUUCUUUCUUUAUCCAUCAGGUAAUAAACACAUUCACUUUUGUGAAUGUCUCUCUUCUUUAUUGAGGUACAAUCAAUAUUCUGAGAAAUCCUUGUUGAUUUGCUGUUAAAUUGGUUAAAAAUGUCCAAUUAACUUUAUGGCAGCUAUUUUCCUCCUGAUCUCAGUGAUUCUUAAGUGUUAUUACUAGUCAAAUCUGUAUAACUGCUAGGGAUGCAUCAAUACAACAGCUUUUUUUUUUUUUU